ACAGUUAGGAAAGCAGAGGGAGGUGGACACCUUCCCACUGGCCAAGGGCAUCUACCCAGAUGUCCAGCUUUCACAUAAAAGGAAGGAACCACUAAAGUCAGUCCCCACUUCUAGUCAAAAGGUGCUAGCAAAAACAACCAAAAAAGGAAGAUGGCAAGAAUAUUUUUACUUUUCCUCCCAGGUCUUGUAGCCAUAUGGACUGUGCAUGGAAUAUUUAUGGACAGGCUUGCUUCCAAGAAGCUCUGUGCAGAUGACGAGUGUGUCUAUACUAUUUCUCUGGCCAGAGCUCAAGAAGAUUACAAUGCUCCAGACUGUAGAUUCAUUAACGUUAAGAAAGGGCAGCAGAUUUAUGUUUAUUCAAAGCUGGUGAAAGAAAACGAAGCUGGAGAAUUUUGGGCUGGCAGUGUCUAUGGUGAUGGUCAUGAAGAUGAGAUGGGAAUCAUGGGCUAUUUCCCCAGUACAUUGGUGCAUGAGCAACAUGUAUACAAGGAAGCCACCAAGGAAGUUCCUACCACGGAUAUUGACUUCUUCUGCGAGUAGAAAAUUAGUCAAAAUGGCAGCAAGAAAGAGAAAACCAGAAAUAAAGAAAAAACAAAAAUAACCGAAAAACUCA